AUGGCUCUUCUACUGCUUUUGCUGAUGUUGUCGAACGGAAUAUUCUCUAGAUGUGACGGUAAAAACGGUUAUUUUUAAUAUUACGUUUCUAAUGCAUUCUCAUUCAGGAGGAUUUAACUUUUCAGUUGUACGAUGCGUUCUUGAGUCAUAAAACUUUUGUGUGACAAGUUUUUAGUCGGAUCUCUCUACUGACAUUUUGUUUCAAUAGUCAGGCGCGGUUGAGUACAAGAUUUAGGAAUAUUUAUGUCCAAAUAUCAUUCCAGUAUAAACGUUUGUAUGUCAUCCUUUUUGUCUAAAUCUAACCGUUUGAAAGAAUAGGCUUCACCGGAAAGAAAACAUAUUUUAAAAAGUUAAAACAUGACUUUUACAUAAAUUUUCGUAUUGGUUUGAAAACCACAUUUUUGUCUCUUACCCAACCAUUUAGCAACUCAGAUAUGAGGCUUCUGACAGGAAGUUUAAACAGAAAAUUCAUGAGAUUGUCAGUCCAGCUAAGUCCCAUGCGAAAGUCUUGUCUAUCACUGACUAGGCCAUGGCAUGUUUAUUACAUUUAACUUAAUUUAUCUUACUGAAUUGCCAAUAUCGAUAAGUGUUGUAAGACUCCAGUAACUUUUCUUAUUACAUUAAUGUUCCUUUCACUUUGCUUUGUUUGCUUUUAUUACCAUGAAAUUUAUUGUUUACUACUUACAAUAUAAACGAUUGCCCGCAUGAAAUUACUCUGCGAGCCGUGGAGACAUUUCUUUCGGGCAGGGUUUUGAGCAUGUACGGAGUCGUACGCGUCGCGUGCAAUGUUUUAUUUUUGUUACUUUUUUGGCCGGCGGGACGAGGGAUUACGCUGUGUUAUAUUGGAUUCCGUCCGAUCUAAAAUAGGGUAUUCGUUUGCUUUUCGUCUCUGCACUAGGCUUUGCUUCUCACUAAUGCGGUGAAAAACGCAAAUAUUCACAACACUGUAUCUAUUAAAGCGAGCUUUUGCAAAGUCAGCAGCAACGGUAGAGAAAACAUCGACGAGAAAAUAUAACAGAGAUAAUUAAAGCUUACUGAUUCCGACUCGCUCAUUACAUUUAGUGAAGGACAAAUUCCUCCUAAAUUCAAUUUAUACCGCUAUGUCACUUUUUUGGUGUUACUUUCAAAUCCUAAAAAAAUUGGAAUCAAGGAAAACCCUGAAAAUGGCGAUUCCGUUUUAUUUAGAAUUGCUCUGCUACUACUCUCUUCUGCCUCAACUAUAUAGGUGUAUGGAGUCCCUUUGGCUCUCGAUGGUCAGGAUGGAAAUGUGUUGCAACUUCGGAACAAAUUGGGCCAAAAGGCGUUCUCAAUUUAAAAUCCAAUGUUGUCAAAUGUCCAAGAAACGAUCACGAUUUGUUUUGCUUUCAUUAGAUUCAUUAGAUUCAUUAGAUUUUUCUGUUUUAGAGUUGCAAGUAGGAGAAAAGAUGACUGAGAAUACAGUCAAUUCUCGCCUUGCGGACACCUCGCUAUAACGGACGCCCCGAUAAUACGGACAGCAGCUAAAUUCCAAGCAAAAAUUAAAUACUGAGCAGACACUGACUGAUAUAAAUGACAAGCCCCUUUAAGGACAGCAAGUCCCAAAGAGAAUUAAAAAGUAGAGAACAAAAAACUCUUUGAAGAAAAUGUACCAAAACGUUGAUGCACGUGGAGUGUAGUUUACCCCCUGAUAUAACCUGACUAGUUGCUAUUGGUACCCAAGGGAUGCACUGUAUGUCAAUAUUUGUUUUGUAGACAAAAAAAAACCACUGUUGCAGGAGCCAAUUCCAUUUAAAUAUUCGUGUUUUCACGACCCAUAGUCUAACCUGUUUUCAACUUUACCGUAGGGCAACUCACAACAAGCUCUUCAUUAACAUUUUCCAUUGGAAAUAACAGCUUUUCUUCAAGUUUUCCAUGGUCUUCCUCGAACAGUUCUUCUACUCUAACCAGUAACAUGAGCUCCGCCAUUUUGCCGAAUGGAACAAGUAUUGCUGUAGCCAAAAGUUCGUCAUACACACCUUUAACAGUAUCUACAGACACUUCAAUACUGCCUUCAAUUGUUAGUAUCAGUACUCAACCUAAAAAUGUGCCACAAACUAUAACACAUUUAACAUCCUUUGGAAUAUUUUUAGUAACAUUCGGUGGUGUUUUAGUUGCAUUUAUGAUUAUUGCACUGAUGUGGAUAUGCUGUAGUGGAAGAGAAAAAAGGUAAGCCAAUCUAUUUCUUUAGAAGAAUACUGACUUAUAACAUUUCAACUGGCAACAGUUUCGCCACGUUUUUGAGGGUAGAGGAAAAGAAAACGAAGAAUUUAAACAUUUAAUGAUGCGGAUGUCGAUCAAAAUUUAUCACGGCAAGAAAUGUUGCAAGUUUUUCAAUUGGAAACUGCACCGUACGUCUUUUUCCCGCUAUUAAAUAUUUGUCCGCUAUGUUUACAGGUCGGUUAUAACGAUAACAGAGCUGCGAAAAUCUCGGUGUGGAUAAAAAAUUAAUGAACUCAACCAUGUAUCACUGAAUUAAGCUCACUAAUCCGUCAUGCAUUAUUUGAAACCGAUUACAGAGACGAAGCUAAUUUUGAGUUUUUGUUUUUUCUUUACCAUGUACAACCAAGAGAGCAUAAUGUUUUAUUGCAAACGCUAGUGAGUUUUAAAUAUCUACACCCUUUGUUUGUCCCCUUCCCCUUUUUUUCCAUCAUUUUUUUCUUCUGAACCUGACCUGUGUUUUUACACAUGCGUACUUCCUGAAUAAAACAAAAUUCCCAUGAUCCUAAAUACCAACUGGUCUUAGGGUACGUUCACACUGCACUGAAUUUUCGUCCGGUUAAAAGUUCGUGCGUUUAGGUCUUCCUUUCACGGUACCGGUUAACCGUGCGUAAACUUAGACGCCAAGCCGUUCAAAAGUUUGAAUUUAAAAGUUUUGACCGGCACAAUGUUAACAGCAUGACCGUCUAAAUUUUUGCACUACGAAGGAGUAGUUGCACGGAUGAGUGGUACUUCAGCUGGGAUGUGCCAUUUUGGAGUUGCUGAAGUAACGCUCUGUGAAUGGGCAGAUGGUAACACCACAAUCUCGUUCCCCGAGUCCGCGUUACCUGCCCGUUCCGCUGGACAAAGCAACGCGGACUAACACCACUAAAACCGUUCUCGUUCCCAGAGCUUCGAUUCUUUCGGUCAGCGUCGGGGAUCGAGAGGGGGACGCUCUGGAAACGAGAAUGCACUAAAAAAAAAGUUGAAAUUCAAUCCGGUUCGUCAGUUCCGUGUGAACAAAGCGAAAAUAACUGUUCCGUUCCGAAAAUAAGUGUCCGGUCAAAUUUUUCGUCCCGUGCCGUUUGAACGUAACCUUAGUCUUCUUCUCGCCACAAUCACGAAUUUUGAAUUUGUUUAAAAUUAGUUUUACAGGUUGUCCCCUAAAUUGUAUUUCCUCAACAAGGGUCUUAAAGCAACCGAGUAUUUGAUCUACUGGCAUGCUUUUCCUUCAGCCCUCAAGCACCACACAUUCAAGUCAAAUUAAAGCCAUGGAGGUAUGCAAAUCCAUAAUCGUUAGACUGCGAUCAUUUAUUGUUUUCAUCGCGUAGUGCAACGGGGAAGUAAGAUAGGAGCUGUUUAAAAAUAAAUUAUGCGCAAGAAGUGGCCAUCUGUGCCAUUUUGGUAUCUUUUUUUUUCUAGGUUAAAAUUAUAGGUAUUAAACGUUACCGACUUUAGCUUUGAGGUUUUCACCUCUAUUUAUCCUAGGUAAACCAAAUGAAGAACGGAAUAAAUUUUCCAUGUGUUACCAACAACCACAAGGGUAUUUGUACCAGCAAUCUAUAUGCAAUUAAUUUCAUGUAAUUUGUUACGUGCCCCACUUAAUCUUAUAGAAAGAUUUUACUUAACCCGUGAAACAGGUAGAAGAAUAGCUAAGAAUACUACACACUAUUGACCCUCACUAUCAUGCCGCACUAAUCCCAUUGUCUUUCUAUUUUGCACUCAGAUUUGUUACUAUCUGUUUUACGGUUCAAGUAAAAUCCCUCUAUAACUGACAUUUUUAGCCCACCACACCCACUCACUUGCUCCCCUCCUCUUUUCACCCCAAAGGUAUUUAGGGGUGUUACUGAUAUUCCAUCAGUUUAUCUAUGAUCUGUAUACUGCCCUUUCUCCUUCUUGUUUGUGUUACUUCUGCCAUACAGUCGCACAAAAGACCAAACUUCAAAUGAAGUAACAACGGAGGAAACUGAUCUUCCUACAAGCUAUCAGAACCCAGGCUUAAACAGGUAAACAAGCGUUUGACUCACGGCUGGCUCACUUCACACUGCCGAUCAAAAAGUUCAAAACGCCCCCAAUAAGAAUAUGAUGAAAGAUAUUUUAAAACGAAACUCACUACUGCGUUACUUUAGGUACCACCUUGACAAUAGUUACGGCGUUUUUAAUGAUGAUACCGCUUUUUGCGAUACAGUGAAGGUAAUGCAAAACAGAGACGUUGACGCCACUUAAAAGGCGACGCGUCCUUUCAAAUGUUUUCCGGCGGGAUAAUCAAUCAUUUUGAUCAUUCUAUUUCGACAAACUCAGAGUAGGAGCUGAAGAGAGCGGACGCUCACUCUACUCUUAUUAAUUUGUGGCCUUGUAGUGCACGUUCAAGUUUAUCUCCAAAGCUUUUUAAAGAAUUAACCCAGCAAAUUUUUUUUUCAGUUCAAAUCCAAGCCCUGUUUGUGGAACAAACAAAGCUACCCCAGGAACAGUGGAUAACAUUAGGUAAACUACAGAUUACAGACGCUCGAAGCUGCUAACCCCUGUGGCUGGGGUCAGGAACUGAACUAAGACUUUGAAGAAAAGCGCAAAAAAGUUCAAAGACCGCUGAAAAAUUUUUACUCUGUUAGACGAGUGCAGUUCGGUUAAUAAACCAUGAAAAUUACUUUUUUUUCCAAAGAUGACACGGUGACGAAUGACUGGUUCUUGGAGAUGUCAUAGACAAGUCUGUGUUAUAUUUAAGAGUUAAUUUCAAAAGUUAUUGAUUCUUUUUUGUUGUUGAUUUUUAUCAUCAGGGAGUCACCUCUUAUUUAGCAGUAAAAGUGCCCUACCAGCUUUCUGGAGC